GUUGAUGAAUUGCAUAGAAGUCACGUUCUCUCUCUCAUUAGUAUUUCUCUCUCUAAAACCAAAUUUAUUCUCUCUGCCUCCAUUGCAGACCACCACCUGGUUAUGGUCAUCAGUCCAAACGGAACAAAUUUACAAAACGAGGGAUUUCAAAAAGGUGGUAGAGAAACAGAUGAUGCAUGAGUUCAGAAUUUGCGUAUAAUCCUUUCUCCUCGUAAUCUCAACCCGCUUUUGUUUUUCGAUCGUUUUUCUACGCCUCCGCCGCUGUGACCUCAGAUGUGAGGUGAUCCAGGAGAAACAACCAAAUAGUACCAGCGAUAACGCUAUCAAAGCUAAUUAUGGUGAGCUUAAGAAGGCGUAAACUCCUCGGACUUUGCACUGGCAAAGGCUCAUUUGAUGCUCCAGUUUCAAAGUUUUCUGAAAAUUCAGAUCUCGAGCACUGUUCGAACUUCAUUAGUGUUCAUCCCAUCUUUUCGAACGAAUUCAACGAGAUAGAGAAGAUUCCCGCUGCAAAUUUAGAGACUGAACCAUUGAGGGUAUCAGUUUUUGACACAUCAAAGGAGAAAAGUGAUGAGCCAUUUGAAGAACCGCCCGUAAAACAUAGAAAACAACACCGGAGAAAGCAUUUUCCAGAAGAAUGUUUCUUAAUGAGAGGUGUUUAUUUCAAGAACAUGAAAUGGCAGGCUGCUAUUAAGGUUGACAAGAAACAAAUACACUUGGGAACUGUUGGAUCACAAGAAGAAGCUGCUCAUUUGUAUGACAGAGCUGCUUUCAUGUGUGGAAGGGAACCCAACUUCGAGCUCCCAGAGGCGGAGAAGAAAGAACUGAGAAAGUUUAAUUGGGAUGAGUUUUUAGCAAUGACUCGACUCGCAAUCGCUAAUAAAAAACAAAAGAGGGUCAGCCCAGAAUCAAAGAACUCUAAACUUCCUAUUCUGGGGAGCGACGACUUGAACAAGAGACAGGAUGAGUUCAGUGACCUCUCAGCUCCAGAAGAUAUUGAACCACUUGCCUUGAAAUUUUGAUGGAGAUAUGCAGUUUUGAUUUCUUUUAUUAAAAGGCCAUUGAAAUUUUGGAUCAUUGGAUGUACAUCAGUUUAGUGAUUUAGGCAAAUCCUUCGGGCAUUUCAUGAACAAUGAUCUUGCAACAAUUUAGACAUGAACAAGUCAGGAAUUUAGUACAUUCAGGUGAAAAUCUACUUUAGAUUCAUAGUAAAUCAUUUACAUGUA